UUUCUCUUCCAGCUUGACAACAACCUCCUGACUUAUGAGAAUCAAGUGUUGUUCACAUCUUGCCGGUUGAGUUGCCUGUCACUAUCUGGUCAAUGACACCAAGGUAGUACUGCUCUUGUACCAGAAUAAUCCUGCACCUGUAGUCCAGCCUGGCUUGGGAGACCUUGCAGUCAUCAUGCGGCUUGCAUUGGAUUCAACCUACAAUGACUUGUAUAGAGCUCAGGAUUACCCUGUUGUGAAGUACUUGCGAAGACCCUUGUAUUUUGAGGUAGAGCUCCUGUACAGCAGGGAUCCACAGGCUGAAUUGUUUUUGGAGAACUGCUGGGCAACCUAUUCUGCUGACAGGAAUAGCUCUCCAAAGUGGGAUGUUGUUGUGGACAACUGUGAGAACUCUGCAGAUGAGUACUUGACCAUCUUUCACCCAGUCUCCAGCAAUGCAAGAGUGGUGUUCCCUUCCCAUCUGAAGAGGUUUGAAAUGAAAAUGUUUUCCUUCACAAGCGGCCUGGAUGCACUGAAAGGACAGCCCAAGUCAAUGUGUGGUCUCUUCUGGGAGCUGCAAUGGGAGUGUGUUCAGUGGCUGUCUUUGUAGCUGGAGUUGUAUCUUUUUGGAAAAUGCUGACACAUGUGAUUUCAUAAAUCUUGCUUGUGAAGGCGGUUUUGGAUUUUAUUAUUUAUUUAUUUUUUGGUGGGUGUGAAGUUACUUUGUGUCAGAAUGGCCAUGUCAAUGGGAUUCUCUCUUUUCCCUACAUUGAAUGCUUUGCUUGUUUCGUGAUCAGGCCAUUCUCAAUAUGGUGUGUUAUUCAAGGACCCUUUCACUAAUUCACAGUGUGAACCCAGGGGCAGAGACUUUCUUCCUCCAUUGAGCUGUAACCCUAUUUUUUAUAUUGAACAAUAACAGGGCAAUUACUAUACCUUCAGUUAUUUUAUCAUGUUGAUAAAAUGAAAGA